GUGCACUCUGACAAAUCAUUUCCCCCUGAAGCACCGCCGGGUAGUGUCGGACCGUCCUUCGUUCCCGUCCAUCGCCCAUCGUAGUGUACGUUGAGCGCGCCCGCGUCUGGGCCUGCCGAUUCCUCUGAUACACCUCGCCCGAGUCUCUCGUGGUGGCACCGAUGCCGGCGCUUCCUCGCCGGUCGGCGUCCUCGGGCGCAGCCGACGUGCCCAACGCGCGGUUGGGCUACCGCUACGCGGGCCUCGAGCGCUUCUCCGGUCGACCGCGCGUCUACGAGAGUCCGUCGUCGUCGCGCUCCUCGUCACCACCGCCGCUGCCCGACAAGCAGCCGCCGCCGCUGCCUCCGUCGUCCCAGCUGCCAUCCUUUGCGGCCCUGACCUUGACCAGCUCCCUGUCUACCAAGCGGGAGCUGUUCUUCCGCGACGGCCCUGUGCCCCCGGCGGCGCCCAGCGCCGGCGGCCUGCUGGGCCUGAGCAAGGACUCUGCCGGCAGCCUGACUUCGUCCGGAGGCGGCGGCGGGUCGGCGCCGCCGUCGUACACGUCGGCCACCGGGAACCGCGAGCUUGCGGAGGGCUACGUGGGCUUCGCCAACCUUCCCAACCAGGUCUACCGCAAGGCGGUCAAGAAGGGCUUCGAGUUCACCCUCAUGGUGGUCGGUGAAGCUGGGCUUGGAAAAUCAACGCUCAUCAAUUCUAUGUUCCUGACGGACAUAUACUCAAAUGAAUAUCCGGGGCCAUCUCACCGUGUAAAGAAAACUGUAGAGGUUGAAACCACUCGAGUGCUUCUAAAGGAAGGCAGCGUAAACUUAACGCUGACCAUUGUGGACACACCAGGCUUUGGCGACGCUGUCGACAACACUCAGUGCUGGCAGCCUAUAAUUGACUACAUUGAAGCGAAGUAUGCAGAGUACCUUGAUGCAGAAUCACGAGUACAUCGGACAACAUUGCCUGAUAACAGAGUUCACUGUUGUCUGUACUUCAUUGCACCUUCAGGACAUGGGUUAAAACCGCUGGAUAUUGAAUUCAUGAAGCGGCUCCAUGACAAAGUCAACAUUAUCCCUGUGAUUGCCAAAGCAGACACUAUGACACCAGAGGAGUGCAGUCUAUUCAAGCGAACGAUUUUGAAUGAGAUCACGCAAAACAAAAUUCGUCUAUAUGAAUUUCCUGAUCCAGAAGAUGAAGAGGAGAGCAAACUACAAAAGCCACUUAAGGAACGUGUACCCUUUGCUGUUGUAGGCAGCAAUACUGUGGUUGAAGUAAAUGGUCGGAGAGUCAGGGGUCGCAAGUAUCCCUGGGGAGUUGCAGAAGUUGAGAACAUGGACCACUGUGACUACAUUGCCUUGAGGAAUAUGCUCGUUAGGACUCACAUGCAGGACCUGAAGGACAUCACAAACAGUGUCCAUUAUGAAAACUACCGUUGCCGAAAGCUUGCUGGUGUUGGAGGUGCUGGGGAGCCAGGUCAUGGCAGAUCCAACAAGAAUCCACUGGCACAAAUGGAAGAGGAAAAGAAAGACCAUGAAGCUAAGAUGCAACGCAUGGAGAAAGAGAUGGAGCAGGUGUUUGAGAUGAAGGUUCGCGAGAAGAUGCAGAAGCUUAAGGAGUCUGAAGCGGACUUGCAGAGAAGGCACGAGCAGAUGAAGAAGGGGCUGGAGCAGCAGAAGCUUGAGCUAGAAGAGAAGCGGCGCAACUUCGACAAGGAAAAGAGUUCUUUUGAAAUAGCCCACAGGGAUAUGGAGGAUGUCUUCCGCAAAAUGGCUGUGGACAGCAGCUCUAAAGAAUUGCGCCGUUCUGUCUCUGAGGACCACUUCAGUAGCCGCAAAUGCAUGCAGUAUGCUGCGCCCGUCCGAAAGAACUGCAAGCAGAUGUAGAGAGCGAUGCACACCCCUACUACCACCCCUCUGCCGUCACCUCGGCACCCACCUUGCCUUGGGCCGACUAUAGUUUCUUGCGUCUCACCCAGAGUUCAAUGGACCGGCACAUCCCCUUCUUUUUUUUUUCUUUUUUUUCUUUCUCUGUCUAUCUGCGCUUAUUUUUCUGUGUAUGCAGCACACUAUCAAGUUAUCAUUUUUCUGUCAGUGUUACAUGUUUUACUUGAGUUCUUCACUUCUGUGAUGAUUUUUCAAAGGUGUGUGAAUGCCUAAUGACAUGUGCAAGAUUACUGCUUCUGAUUGUGUUGGCCCCUUUUGGUUUUCCUUCAGACACCCUAUAGAACCACUGUUUGCAGACUCUCCCAGGCAUGCAGGUUCACUCACUCUUGUCCACAAUAUUAAUUUCUAUUUUUUACAUCUCUUGCAUCUCUUGAAAGGCACUUCUUUGAUUGUACUUUCGUCAUUUCAUCAUGAAACUCGUGACACUUUUCACAAUUCUGCAUUUUCUUGCCUGUUCUGUGCCACAGCCCUCCAUGCCAGCCAAAAGAUAAGGGGGAAAAAACAUGCCUGCAUAACUUGCAGUGCUAUUCCACUGAGCAUCAUGCACAUGAUAUUUAUGACAAGAACUUCUUGCAUGUUUUAUUUUCUUUGCACUUUCGGUGGCAUUAUGUCAAGGUUGGACAUUUCCCCCAUGUUGGAGUCUUCAUUACGUGUUACAGUUGAGCUCUAGUUAUUUAAGUCUGCAUUGUAAAUAACACUGUAGCCCUUAUUUCAGUAGCAGCACAUCCUUGUCAUUUUGAGCUAAAUGAUCUGGUCACAACUGUUUUUAAGUGCACAUAUGCUUCACACAUUGUUGUUACUUUUAUUUUUGUUUUCAUCCUUUGUUGCAUUGUUACAUAUUUUAUUGCCAUUACUGUUGUUUAUAUAGUAUGUUCAAGUUUUGUGUAUCUUGUUUAUCAGCCCAGUAUAUGUGCAUGUUAGUGACUUCCUUGUUCUCAAGCACUUUAUGCCUUGGGUACUGUGUUGCAGCUUGAACUUAUUUCCUUUCCUCCAGAAGAAAUGCUAGUAACUUUCACUCCUUUUCUCUGCUUUUGUUGUAGCUUAACAUAUUUAUACCUUUAUUGUACAUAACAAUAAUUGGGGCAUGAUCUUGUGAUAACCAAGUAGCAAAUUGUUUCUUCCUAGUCCAACACCUAUUAGUUCUGAACCAGCAUUUCAGUUACAAGUUAGUUUGUUUUGUCAGUGUUGGAAAAGAGAAAUGAGAUAGGUAAUGUGUGACCUGAUGAUUAUCUGUAUAUUUCCAAAGUCUACUUUCUUAACUAAGUAAUAAGCACAAGAACUGUAUGGGCUGUUUGUUAUAGCUGUGACAAGUAGUAUGUGAUAUGGGGAACUAGAGUAUAGUCUGUGCAUUCCACUGAAAGAUAGCAGCUCACUCUAGAGAAUGAGCUGUUCCUUGAACUUGACAUUUUGUACUGUUACAUUAGAACGGAUUUGUGAGCAGCAGAAUACACACUAGAGAUUGAAGAUGUCGGGAAAGCCAAUACCUUCUCAUCUUGCACAUGUGCCUUUAGAUUGCACCAUGUAACACUUUCAGUCUACCACAUAAUCUGAAUUCUCUCAUCCACGAAGUGAGAUUCAGCACAACCACCAGCACAACUUAUAUACGCCAGUGGUCAUCAACAAACAUGCCUAAGAUUACGCACACAUAUUUGCUUCUGCAAACUAAUGUACAGUUGAAGCAAGUGCCUGAUCUCAUUAAGUGGCCUUACACUGGUGGCCUUUCGCUUGGUCGUUUUAAUAGUUUGAAGUGGUGACUGCUAGUAUGCUGUCGCCAAUAAUCUUGACUGCAGUCUGUAGGAGUAAGAACUUCAAGCUUCACCUUGACAAUAAGUUGUGUUUAGCAAAACAAACUAGCACAUUGAUAUCAGUGUGUUGUGUGAAGUUUUAUUUUCUAACAAAGAAAGGGGGCGUUACCUUUUUUGCAGAUGUCACCCAUUGCUUCAGCCUUGCGCACAUAUUGGUAUGAAGUGUAAUAUGUUCCUGAUAAUGUGUUUCAUCAUUCUUUGCAUUGCCAUUACAACCUUUUGGUGGGCUUUCAAAUACCAAAAAGUUAUAUUUUUAUUUUGUUGAUUAUGUUAUGUUUCGUUUUAUAGUUUAUGUUCUGUCAGAACAAAAACAAUCUUAAAAUGUAAUGACAGGGUCUUGUGUUAGAAGAAAUUGUAAUGUGUGUCACCACUGAAUUUAAAUACAUGCACCAAAGUGCUCAAGCUCGA